AUGACCAUGAAGGAUGCUAUGGAAGAAGGCUCAAAUAAUAAGUGGGAAUGGAGAAAAACAAGAACAACAUUAAUGGUGGAACUGAAGAAGAUGAGUAGUAUAGCAGGACCAAUGGUGGCAACAACUGUGCUGCAAUAUCUUCUGCAAGUAGUUUCAGUGAUGAUGGUUGGACAUCUUAGCCAGCUUUCUCUUUCAAGUGUUGCUAUUGCUACAUCUCUCACUAAUGUUUCUGGAUUUAGUAUUCUCUCAGGGAUGGCUGGAGGAUUAGAAACUUUAUGUGGGCAAGCUUAUGGAGCAGGAGAAUUUGAAAAAUUUGGAAUGUAUACACACAGUGCCGUAAUAUCCCUUACCAUGGUUUGUGCACCAAUAACAAUGAUAUGGAUUUUCAUGGACAAAAUACUAAUACUCAUAGGCCAAGACACCACAAUCUCCUAUGAAGCUCGAACAUAUGCACUUUGGUUAAUACCUGCCCUAUUUGCCUCUGCAAUUCUCAAACCUCUAACACGACAUAUUGGUGCUGCAAUUUCCUUUAGCUUAGGAACUUGGUUGAACGUGUUGAUACUUUUGUGUUUUGCCAAAUAUUCUUAUGCUUGUGAGAAAACACGUGUGUCGUUUUCUACAAAGGCUUUCCUUGGUAUUAGAGACUUUUUUCGUCUUGCUGUUCCAUCUGCAGCUAUGGUCUGUCUCAAAUGGUGGGCAUGUGAGUUGCUUGUUUUGCUAGCUGGACUUUUUCAAGAUCCAAAGCUGGAGACGUCGGUUCUUUCUAUAUGCUUGACAAUAUCUACAUUGCACUUCACUAUAUCCUAUGGGCUUGGGGCUGCUACUAGCACAAGAGUUUCAAAUGAAUUAGGAGCUGGAAAUCCAAAAGCAGUUCGAUUUUCAGUUUGUACAGCAAUGUUCCUUGCAAUUGCAGAGGCUCUUAUUAUAACCGCAAUCCUAUUAGGUUGUAGACAUAUCUUGGGUUAUGCUUAUACCAAUGAUACUAUGGUUGUUCAUUAUGUGGCUCUUAUGACCCCUUUGUUAUGUGCAUCAAUUUUCACGGAUAGCUUGCAAGCAGUUCUUUCAGGGGUUGCUAGAGGAAGUGGGUGGCAACAUGUUGGAGCCUAUGUGAAUCUUGGAGCGUUUUAUCUAGUAGGAGUUCCUAUUGGUGUAGUAUUAGGCUUUGUUGCACAUUUCAGAGCAAAAGGUCUUUGGAUUGGAAUAGUUGCUGGCUCAAUUGUCCAGACACUUUUCCUUUUCAUUAUCACUGCUCUUACAAAUUGGAACAAACAGGCAGUGAUGGCUAGAGAGAGAAUAUUUGAUGAUACUUCUUCUGAUGAGAGUGCAACAAAUCACAAAACCAUUGUAUAA